AUGUCGGCUAUACAACGUAUUCCAGACGAGGUCUGGGGACACAUAUUCAAAGGUUUUGAAUGCACUUUGCCUCCGACUCAAUGGUGGAUGGAUAGAGUCCUCGUUAAUAGGUCUCACCGCCUCACUCUCGCAUCGUUGUGCCUCGUCUGCCACCAAUUCAGGCGAUGCGCACAACCUCUACUCUACAAGAACCUCUUCUUAGAGGGCGUAGAGCCAGACAAUGACACAGGCUUUAUACGAGCCAUACGCGAGCUGGCACUCCACCCUAGCCUCGGUCAAAAUACUCGCAUCUUGGCCGUUGACAAUAAUCUCGGGAGGAGUGGAAAGGGCCUGCGGGUUGACAGUGGGCAGCUCGCGUCGGCCAUACACGUGAUGGACCUGCCACCGCGGUUUCGGCAAUUCCUUGAAAGUAGUCAUUUUGAUGCCGAACGUAUCAGCCCAGCAUCUCUCUGCCUCCUUUUCACUCCAAAUGUCCAGUCGCUAGACAUCACGUUUGGGGAGACGCCACUACUUCUCUCCUGGAUCCUGAGCGGAAACCUUGAUUUGGAGAAGACCUCAUUUCUGCCCAAGAGAGGCGAGGACGAUGAGUCUGGGGAUGCGGACUAUGGCUUUGGAUACGACGAUGAUAAGGUUAUUGUCAGGGCCUAUUCCAACUUUGGGCUACCGCGGCUGAAGGAAGUACACCUGAAGCACUGGAGUAUCGUGUUCUCCACGCCCAUCACCGAUAUAGAGGCGGCCUUUAUGCACCCGGGUGUCGAGAUCAUGCGCACGGUGGGCCUCGAUUGGCGAGCCACGCACGUACCUAAACGGCGGUGGCCUGAUUUCACAUCCAGCAUAAGGGUUCUAGAAUUGACAGAAUGCAUCAUGGAUGCUAAGGGUAUAGAGGAUAUGUUCCAGCUUUGUCCCAAUUUGGAGAGCCUCAGAAUCUUCCUCGCUGAUAGCAACCGAGCAGCGGAAAUUCAGGAUGCUGAUUAUGAAAUCAUUAUGGAUGCCGUGGGCACUGUGCUUCGGAAGCAUGGAAGAAACCUGGUCAAACUCGACCUAGAGACUGCUGAGUUCGGUGGAUACGUCAAUAGGGCCAUUGGCUCUCUUCAAGAUCUUGACAAGCUACGCGACCUCAAAAUAGCACAAAGAGAUCUCGUUGGAUACAGCACCUUUUAUCCCUUCGACCCAGCGGUGCCUCAUCUUAUAAGCGUUCUACCGCGUUCCCUUGAGACGCUUUAUCUGCACUAUGACAGGCUAUACAUGGGAUUGGCGGCAGAUGAAUACAAACGCAAGGGCACAAACAACGAAAUUUUCGAGUUGAUCACCAGUGGAGAGUUUCCAAAUCUUCGCGAGAUGGUUGGCGAUCCGAGAUACGAGAGGAACCCCUUUGGAAAGGACCAUCUACUGGCUGCCGGCGUGUAA